GUUGCGCCGACUGGCUGGGCUGGUUCGGUAAAAGUUGUGCUGAAAUUCUUUCAGUCACGUAGGGAGGCUUAUUAUGCGCCAAAACCAAGGAGGGAGGAGAAGUAGAGUUGUUCAUCUCAAAUCUUAUUUAUUUCUAAUAAUCUAAUCAAGUUAGGGUUUAGGAGAUUAACGGGUAAUAAUAACAUAAGCUGUGGGUUUCAUCUGAUUAGGGUUUUGGAGAAUAGGAUACCAAUCAUAAAUUUUAAUUUUGAUUUUGAAUUCAAAAGAAAACUAAUUCACACAACUUCAAACAAUAAAAUCAUGGAAGGUUCAAUCAAAAAAUCAAAACCAGCAGUGUUGUAUCAUUAUCCUUGUCCAGAUGGAGUAUUUGCUGCUCUUGCUUCUCAUCUUUACUUUUCAGCUAUUAAACAGGAUGUUCUUUACUUCCCCAAUACUGUUUAUUCUCCUGUUAAGGUAGAAGAUCUUCCUCUUGAUGAAAUUAAUCAAGUUUAUUUACUUGAUUUUGUUGGGCCUUCUGGUUUUGUUGCUAAAUUAUCUUCUCAUGUUGAAAGUGUCAUAAUUCUAGACCAUCACAAAACUGCAGUUGAGAUGUUUAAGGCUGAUACUUCUAUUCGUGAGAAUGUGAUUAAAGUUAUAGAUAUGGAGAGAAGUGGUGCUACCAUUGCUUAUGAUUAUUUCAAGAAGAAAAUCUCAGACGAAGGAGUUGGGAAGGAGUUGGUAGCCGAGGAUAAGCUUGAAAGGGUUAAUCAACUGUUUAAAUACAUCGAAGAUGUAGAUUUGUGGAGGUGGGCUCUUCCAGAUAGCAAAGCUUUCACUAGUGGGAUGAAAGAUUUAAACAUCGAGUACGACGUCAGGUUGGAUCCCGGGUUGUUUGGACAGUUAUUGUCGCUAGAUCCACGUUUAGUGAUCGACCAAGGGAUGUCGAGCUUAUCACAAAAGCAAAAUAGAAUUGACGAAGUUCUUGACGGCUCAUAUGAAAUUGCACUUGAUGGUGGACUAUUUGGAUAUUGCCUGGCUGUCGAUGCAGACUCCGUUUCAAACUUGAGGAGCGAACUUGGGCACCAGUUAGCUAAUAAGAGUCGUGAUCUUCAUAUGCGGGGAAUUGGAGCUGUUGUUUAUCGAGUUCCUGAACUUGGAAAUGCUGAGUUGCUUAAAAUAAGUCUCAGGAGUGUGGAAACAGAAGACACCACGCCAAUCUCUCAGAAAUUUGGAGGAGGUGGACAUCGGAAUGCUAGUUCUUUCAUGCUAACUGCUGCCGAGUUCAACCAGUGGAAACUUCCAGUUACAGCUUCUACAUAAGCAAGAAACUCCUUUGUGCAGAAUUGUGCAUGUGUCUUCCUCGCCCAGGACUUCAUACGAAAUAGAAUUAUGCUUCUGGCGUGUAACAUGGACAGCAAGAAUCUCUGUAACAUGGCAUGAGUUAAUCUUGUCACAACUAGUAAAAUAUUCGGGUUAUAGCAUAACAUGCUUUUGCUUUCCUUGCAAAAGCAAAAGCAAACGGUAGCAUAA